AUGGAUAUAGUGCCUUUUGAAGAGGAGGAUAAUAAUAUAAAACGCAGUGAAUCCUCAAGUAAUGUACUGGAUAAAGAUUGUAAAACAUUUUAUUUAUUGAAUCCAGAUGGUAUUCUCGAUUCAGUAGCAGGGUUAGAAAAUUUAUGUAUAUCUUAUAUGAACAUAUCUUAUAAACCCAUAAAAUGUUAUAAAUGUUUAUCAUUUUUUGAAUGUGAAAAUAAUUGUAAUUUUAUAAGGUGUCCUAAAUGUAAAAUAAUAAAUUCUGUAGUACCUCAUGAUAAAUUAGGAAGAAAAGUAAUAAUAGUUAUAUGCUACCAGUGUAAUAAUAGAAACAUAACAAAUAUAGAAUGUAUUUAUAUUCGUUGUUAUUUAUGUAAUUCUAUUAAUUAUUCCAAGUAUACACCUUUUAAUAUUAAUAUAGAUGAAACAAAAUAUGACAACAAAUUUAAAUACAAAGAUAAAGAAAAACAUAAGAGAGAACAAAAAGAAAAAAAAAAGAAAAGAAUAAAAAAUAACAACAAUAAUUAUAAUAAUAACAAUAAUAAUAAUAAUAAUUAUUAUUAUUUUAAAUAUAAUUGUUCAAAUAAAAAUAAACAUAAUUAUACAAAUAAAAAGAAUAAAAAUAAUAAUAUGGGAAAAAAAAUAAUUAACUUAUUUAACCUUUCCACUAUGUUUACAUGUAUUAAACUUCCAAAGGAUGAUACAUUAACAAGUGUUAUGUCAUCCAUAGGAGAAAGAGAAAUUAAUAGUGAUUAUAGAUGUAGUAGAAAAAAUAGUGUCCGUAGUAUAAAUACAGAAAAUAAUAGUAUUUAUAAUAGAUAUCGUAUUAAUAGUAUCACAAGUAUAAAUGAUAAUACUAGUCAGCAAAUGAAUAAUGAAGAGAAACAACAAAACGAAGAUUUUAUAUUUCAUCCUAAUGAUUUUUUUAAUAAUGAAAAUUUAAAUAAUUAUUCAUAUGGAGAAAGAUUAGAUGAAGAAUUUAUAUAUAAUAAUAAUAAUAAUAAUAAUAAUAAUACUUAUCAACGUAAACAUUUUUCGAACGAACCUUUUCAUGGGUAUGCACCUGAUGGAAGAUUUAUUCAAGAUGAUAAUAGAAAAAAAUUUAUAAAAACUGGUAAUAAUAAUAAUAAUUAUUAUAAUAAUAAUUAUAAUAAUUAUAAUAAUUACAAUUCCAGUGAACCUUUUAAUAAUGAAUAUAUUAGGAAUCCAACGAAUAAUUAUAACAACAUAAAUAAUAAUUAUAUACCAAAAAAUAAUAAUAAUAAUAAUUAUAUAAAAAUGAAUGAUAAUAGAAAUAUGUAUAUCAAGGAUAGUAACAAAGGUAUGUAUAAUAAUAAUAAUAAUAUGAUGAUGAUGAAUCAUGAUUAUAAUAAUUAUAAACAAAAUUAUUAUCCAAACAAUCCACAAGCAACAUGGAAUAAAGAUAAUAAAAUAUAUCCUUCCAAUGAUUAUAAGUCAAAUAGACAAGAUAAUUAUUAUGACCGCAUAGGAGGACUUGUAGAAAAUGGAAAUGUUAAAAAAAAAGCUAUGAUGUUCAAUAAUAUGGCACAUGAUUCUUCAUCGAAACAUCAUGCUUCUAAAAAUCAAAGUCUUUUGGAUAUAGAAAAACAAAAAGAAAAUGAUGUCAAGGCGUGUAUUGAAUAUUUUAAUAAACUAAAAAAAGGUAAUGAUAUUAAUAUCAAAACCAUACUAGAACGUGGUAAUUAUAAAGAAUUAAAUAUACCAAAAGAACAUUUAGAAAACGGAAUCUUUUAUAAAAACGUAGAAUUUUAUCAAAAACAUAAUUUAAAAAAUUAUGUAGAUCAUUAUAAUAAAACAAAUGCAGUAGUGGAAAAUAAAAAUUAUAUCAAUAAAGAUUUAUCAAAGCAUAAUAAUAAUGAAUAUUAUAAAGAUAAACAUCUUAAUGCUGAUAAUAAGAAUAAAUUUUCAGAUAACUCUAAUAUUAACAAUUCAAAUAAUAAAUAUGAUGAAGAUAAAAAUAAAAAAAAUAAACGUUCAGCAAAUGAUUUAUAUGAUACCAAACAUUCGAACACAUAUGACGCUAAUGCAAAUAAUAAAAAAAAAAUAAAAAACGAGAACGCACGAAAACCUACAUUUUACACAAAAGAAGAAUUAAUCAAGGACUUUUUUCGUUAG